UCAAUGGGAAGUGAGACUCCGCUUUGAGGAAGGAGAGACAUUAUUCCAAAAUUCCUGAAUGCGUCACCAGAACCGACCAGAAGCGUCCGAAUCCCAUGAUAUCGCGAUGUUUUAACAGUAAUAAUAUACGGAGACUGCAUAUAGAGAGACCGUUCUACUAUAGACCGCGUAGAAGUCUUCACCUGAGUGAGCACAGCUGGACGUACCUGCGGAUACCACAGAGCAGACGGGCUUAGACCCGCCCCCAUGGGGGGAGAGAGGGGGGAGAGAGGGGCGGCGACGUGUGGACUGCACAACGAACGCUUUACAUUACAAAACGUCCUGGAUUUCUCCUGGUUUUUAAUGUAAAAAAACAAAAAAAAACAAUGUCUUGUUUACAUAAACGUCUGAAAAGGACGAAAUCAGAGGAGCAAGCGCUCCGGGAGCAGCAGAGAAGAGUCGCGCAGGAGAACGUGAGACGUCUAGGUUUGGAGGGAGAUCCGGAUAUACAGUUCCUGCUGGGCGGCGGGGAGCUGGUCAAAGUUCGCUCCAAAUCCUGGAAGAAGAACCGCUUCUUCAAACUGCAGGAUGACUGCAAGACGUUUUGGUACGACUCCCACAAAAAAAUCCGGCGGCGAGAGACUUUCUCCAUCGAUGACAUUGAUUCAGUGCGCAACGGCCGCCAGUCUGAGGGGUUGAAUAACUACACCCCCAACACCGCGGAGGACCAGUGCUUCUCCAUCAUCUUCAAGGACCGCACGAAAAAUCUGGACCUGAUGGCGGCCACCAAGGAAGACGCCAAACAGUGGGUCAACGGCCUGGACAAGCUCAUUAGCAACAUGCAGAACCUCAACCGCCAGCAGAACAGUGAGCAUUGGAUCAUCAGCUGCAUGCGGAAAGCGGACAAGAACGGUGACAACAAGAUGACCCUGAAGGAGACGAAGCACUUCCUGAGGCAGGUCAACAUCCAAGUGGACGACACCUACGCAGCGAUGAUCUUUAAGAAAUGUGACGAGUCCAAUUCAGGCACCCUGGAGGGCCCAGAGAUCAAACUCUUCUACGACUUGCUGACACACCGGGAAGAGAUAGAUGUGAUUUACGGCAAGUACGCUCAGACGGAGGGUCAGAUGAGCGCCGGAGAUCUGCUCGGCUUCCUGUUGAAGGAGCAGCGGGAGCAGGCGUCCGCGGAGGACGCUCUCAAGCUCAUUGAAAAAUACGAAGUGGAUCAGACAGCGAAGCAGAAGAAGCGCAUGUCCAAAGACGGCUUCCUGAUAUACAUGCAGCAGGAGGAGAGCUCCAUCUUCAACCCGGCCCACAAGCCGGUGUAUCAGGACAUGCGCCAGCCGCUCAACCAUUACUACAUCUCCUCCUCCCACAACACGUACCUGAUGGCAGACCAACUCAAAGGACCCAGCAGCACAGAAGCCUACAUAAAAGCACUGAUGAAGGGCUGCCGCUGUGUGGAGCUGGACUGUUGGGACGGCGCUAACGGCGAACCUGUCAUUUACCACGGAUACACACUCACGUCCAAAGUGCUGUUUAAAGACGUUAUCCAAGUCAUCAAAGAAUUCGCCUUCAAAACAUCCGACUACCCAGUGAUUCUGUCCCUGGAGAACCACUGCACCGUGGACCAGCAGCGGCUCAUGGCCCAUCACCUGAUCUCCAUCCUGGGCGACGCCUUGGUCACGAAGCCGCUGGGCAACGUCAUGCCCACCGACUUCCCUUCACCUGAGGAGCUGAAGCAAAAAAUCCUCGUCAAAGGGAAGCGUUUGAAGAAACUGAACGUUUCCCUCAGCAGUCACAGCGAUGUGGAGGAAGGCACCGUGUCUGAGGAGGACGAGGCGGCAGAUUGUGAGAACGGACAGAAAGCCAAACCGAAGAAACCAAAGAUCAAACUCGCCGAAGAGCUCUCAAACAUAGUCGUCUACUGCAAGAGCGUCCAUUUCAACAGCUUUGAACAUGCCAAGGAAAUGCAGGCCUUCUACGAGAUGUCCUCCUUCAAGGAGAGUAAGGCUUUAGCACUGGCGGAGGAUUCAGCGACUGCCUUCAUCCAUCACAACAUGGACAAACUCAGUAGGAUCUACCCCGCGGGCUCCAGAACCGACUCAUCCAACUAUAACCCGGUUCCCCUGUGGAACGCCGGCUGCCAGAUAGUGGCGUUGAACUUCCAGACACCUUCCAAGGAGAUGCACAUCAACCAGGGUCGGUUCUUGCCCAACGGCGAGUCGGGCUACAUCCUCAAACCGGAAUUCCAGAGGAGCCUUUCCUCUCAGUUUAACCCCAGCACACUUUCCGAAGGGCCCUGGCUGCAGAAGAAGACUUUGAACGUGAUGGUCAUCUCAGCUCAGCAGUUACCCAAAAUCAACAAGGACAAACAAAGCUCCAUCGCUGACCCUCUGGUGCGAGUGGAGGUCUACGGCGUCCCAGCGGACAACGCCAUCAAGGAGACGCACCACAUCGAUAACAACGGGUUCAACCCAGUGUGGAAUCAUAACCUCCAGUUCCAAAUCCACGUCCCCGAGCUGGCCAUGCUGCGUUUCGUGGUGGAGGACUACGACGCGGCGUCCCAGAACGACCUCAUCGGGCACUACUGCCUCCCGCUCAGCAGCGCGCAGAACGGGUACCGCCACGUCCCGCUGCUCACCAAGAGAGGCGCCGCCAUCUCCUCGGCCGGACUGUUCGUGCACAUCAUGCUCAUAGACGCAGAUUAGGAUGAUCCCCUCCCCCCAAAAAAUCACUCUUUAAAAAGGAAUAUGUCCAGUUCUGAAGCUAUAUAUAAUUGAACUCUUAUAAAAUAUGCCAUGAACAAAAAAAGGGUUUGUGAUGUGCCGAGCCGCAGGGGCUGACUCAGCGUUUUUUUUUCCUUUUUUUUUUUUUUACAUUUAUUGGGAUUGUGAGUAUUUUAAUAUGGAAAGAGUGAAUGGAGAUGUAUAUGGUGCGGGAAAGUAUUUUAAAACUGUAAAUUUUUUCAACUUUUUAAUUCUUUCAAAGACUUUUUGACUGUACCCUUAUGUGCAUAUCAAGACAUGAACUAUACCGUGAAUACAUCUGAUAUUUACCUAUUGAGGUUUUAUUCAUCUUAUCUUAAGUAUUUCAUGCAAACAUAGUUUUUCAAAUCAGAAAAACUUGUCUUGCCUUUCUUCUAAAUUUGCACAACCUGUUAAAUAAAACCAGUGGAGUCUCUGA